UUCUCGCUGCUCUCGCCGGCAGUUAUGGCAGCUGGACCGUCGCGUCGCCGUAACAUUCGUCGCGGAGCCAGGUGAAAGUUCUCGGUGCUCGGAAAAGUGUGUUUCGCGAUCAGUUUCCGAGGGAUCCCGCGGUUUCCGGUUCGGACAAUGGCAGAUCCAAUUAGAGAUCGUGUUCGAGAUCGUUGCGGAGGUUCAAGGCUGCUAAAUUGACGCUUUGAAGCCCGCCGUCGUCAUUGAACGCGAUCGUCCGGAGACGCAAUCAGUGGCCAAAGGAGCGGCUCGCGCGAUCGUCGACGGUCAGAUUAGUUUCAAGGCGAGCACAGUGAUCCCUUUCGCCGAGGACGCGCGGAAAAUUUGCUUUCCGCGUCUUCGAAGUCACGCGAGAGACGCCUCCCGUUUGAUCGGAGUGCAUAGUGCGCAGUGCGACGAAACUACGGUCGAAAUCGGUGUCGUUGUCUCUGCUGAAAAAUUUCAGAUCGCUGCACCAUUAGCUUGGACGGUUCCUCGUCGGACAUGUUUUAUUUACGCUUAUCGUGCGGUAAAUCGUCUGGAAACGUACGGUGUCGCUGUAUCAAUCAGUCGAGGAGAACCAGUUCUCGUUUUUUCGUAUGACCUGACCUACAUUCGUUGCAAAUCGUUGCGACUCUCCGAGGACGUGUUACUGAAACGUGACUCCCACGAUUCGAACGCUAACGUUAAACAGGUUGUCGACGUUUCGAGCCAAUAUGCGAACACAAUAGGAUCAGUAUCCACGCGAUAAAGUGGAUAUUAAAAAAACCGAAUGCUAAAGAACGAAGAUCGGCGCGACGCAAACCGCUGAGUCACUUCUCUCUCGAGCAAUUUCUUUUUCGAUUUAUUAUACAGCGAUCGAGUAUCGAUUUUCGAUCACCGCAAGUUUCGUCGCAGCGUGUGCCGCGCGAGAGGGGUGUAACGGGGAAGAGUUCUAAUUUAACCAUAGAGAAAAUGAAUCACCUUUGAAACGCGUUAGGCAGUCGUCGAAGGCCGCCGUUAAUUUGCCAUAAAUCGGUCUUCCGCGGAUUGAAUUUCGCAAAAAAAAGCGAGAACGGCGUUUUGCAAGGAUCGCGGCAGCGUUUCGAGAGCGCGUAGAAUUUUUAUGCAACGUGAGAUGAUCGUGUCAGCAACGGGUAUCCGUGACACCUAGCUGGCGAACCGAGCGAUAUCGUUGCACGUUGACGAAGGAAAAAAAUGGUUCGAUAGGUGACGCCGGCCGAAGCCAGCUCCGUCGAUAACUCGGCGCGAUAGAUCGCCGUGGAUCCCUAAUCGAAGUCGUUCCACGAUUGCCUAACAAAGAGUCGUCGUCCAGGUUCGAGGCGAUUUGCAUAGGCGCACCUUUGGACACCCGGUGAAUGGCUUUCGCAACGCGAGCUUGAAUCUUCGAGAAAAUCCUUCCUCAAGAGAGAAUAUUUCGGCGCGUCCGUUGAGAAAAAUGACCGAUCAAGUGUCGCCGUUGCUGGACGUAAGAAGCAACGGGCAUCUCGACGCCGAUGGAUCGAUCAAGUCGUCGAUGGAUCACGCUCUGCGCAACCGAGUGCUCAGGAGAACGAGAAGUCUGAACGCGCCCAGUCCCAUUCAACAGUUCGGCCCAUGCGGGCGUAUUAUGAAAAACUCUGCAAUGGUCAUGACCAUACAGGACCCAGCCUCCCAGAGGUUGACGUGGUACAAGCCGCCGCUCACUGUCCUGGUCAUCAAAAAGGUCCGCGAUUCGUCGGUCCUGCCGCCUUUCGUUCAAUUAGUCACAUGGCUGAUCGAGGAGAAGCGGAUGGUGGUGUUCGUGGAGGCGUCCGUUCUGGAGGACCCGGCCCUGGCUAGGGACCCUAGGUUCGAGGGGGUCCGGGACAGGCUGCAGACCUUCAGAGACGGCACGGACGAUCUCCAGGAUCGAAUCGACUUCAUCGUCUGUCUAGGAGGCGACGGGACGCUCUUGUAUGCGAGCUUGCUGUUCCAGCAAUCCGUGCCGCCCGUGAUGGCCUUCCAUCUGGGCUCCCUGGGCUUCCUCACGCCCUUCGAGUUCGACAAUUUCCAGGAGCAAGUGACCAACGUCCUAGAGGGUCACGCGGCCUUGACCCUGAGGAGCCGCCUGAGAUGCAUCAUCAUGCGCAAAGGAGAGGAGGGCAAGCCGGCGAAGCCGCCGACGAAUCUUCUGGUGCUGAACGAGGUGGUGGUGGAUCGUGGCCCGUCUCCGUACCUCUCGAAUAUCGAUCUCUUCAUCGACGGCAAACACGUGACCAGCGUGCAGGGCGACGGUCUGAUAGUCAGCACGCCGACGGGGUCCACGGCGUACGCCGUCGCGGCCGGAGCCAGCAUGAUUCAUCCUUCAGUACCUGCCAUCAUGAUCACACCGAUCUGCCCGCACUCCUUGUCCUUCAGGCCGAUCGUCGUACCCGCUGGCGUCGAGCUGAAGAUCUCCGUUUCACCGGACAGCAGGAACACCUCGUGGGUGUCCUUCGACGGUAGAAAUAGACAGGAGCUCUUCCACGGCGACAGCCUAAGGGUGACCACGUCCGUGUACCCGGUGCCCAGCAUCUGCGCAGCCGACCAAAUCACCGACUGGUUCGACUCGCUAGCGGAAUGCCUGCAUUGGAACGUCCGCAAGAAGCAGAAACACCUGGACGAGCUGAGCGACCUCACCCAUUCGUCCAGCAACGACACCCUGGACUCGCUGGAUCGCGACAGUUAGGCCAGGCAAGCGAGUCCCGACGGGCUCUCCGUCGUCGAACCAACCUCCGCGCCGUCGUCGGCUCGGAGCCCGUCGAAAGGCUCGACGAUUCGUCACAGAAACCAGACCGUUCGUUCGUGCGGAGACGAUCCGCAGCUCUGGAUCGCCUGCUUGCGCGUUUCUAUGAGCAAUUGAGUCGUGCACGAUGCUCGGACCUCUGUUUAAACAUUCGAACGCGACGUCUCCGGGUCUGGGCGACACGGCCGGGUGCGUGCACUUUGCCCUCUCAACGUCAGAACGCUCUGACGUUCUCGAUCUUAUGACCCCAAGGCUAUCUGUAUCUUCCCAUUUACGUGGAACAGGUGUGACCUGCCAGUGAGAGAGAGCGGGGCUUCGUGCCCUCCCAGAGAGCGAUCGGUGCUCAUGCCAAGGUUUUUCGAACUUGCGACGCUUGACUGUUCGCCAAAACAAUGCUCUCGACGAGAGCACAAUUUUUCUUGAUCUCUUCCAUCGAAACGAGCAAUCGUUCGAUUCAGCGAAUUUCUACGGAGCAUCGUCUCGUCGAGCUGGCCCGAAACGGCGACGAAAUGGAUAGCGUUCCGCGCGUGUAAAUAGAAGCAAUUCGGUUUUUUAUCGGACCCUCUGUACAUAUACCCAGAAUUCAACGCACCCUCUAACAGCCGUGAAGGUUAAUCGUCUAAGAGAAAUCGUUCGGCACGAUCGGCCGACAAUCGGAAUGGUUAAACGGAGCCGAAGAGCAUUUGCGUGCACGAUGCGGAUACGAGCACGUUUGCGAGGCCGUUUCGCGAACGGCUCCGAAGUCUCGUAGCCGAGUAAUAUCGAGUUGUCUUUAAUUGUGCGAACGCGAAGCGACCGGAGCCUCGCAUGGACCAUGAUUAAUAAUGUAUAUGCUUGUGAUCCGCGAUUCAAAAGAUCGCGGCGAUCGACCCCCGAUUCGACCGAUAGAGCGAGAAGAAUUUAUUGUCCGGGCACAACAGCUUUCGCGCGAAAAACCGGAGACCCGCAAGGGGGAAGUGCAUCGCGUGUAUUCUUUCGCUUCUGUGCGUCUAGAAGCACGUUCCUGUUCGCGAUGUGCGAAUUUUCGGGAAAGGAAAAAAGCACAACGGGACGCUGGACUGCGGAUUCGUGAUAUUAUUGUUUUCAACGAAAUUGAAUCGAUCGAGAAUUUAAGCGCAUCGAAGAUGUCAAAAAGAAUUGGAAGAGGAAAUUCAUUCCUAUUUCGAACCGAUGAUUCUUAUGAUUUUGACGAUUUUAAUUACGCGUGAUAAUCCGCAGCCUAAUAAGGCGAGCAAUCGUACUCGCAGAGUCGCGAGAGUUUUCUUCGCUGUGUUCCAGUUUCUGACUGUAGAAAUACGUCGCGGAUCAUUCUGAAAAAUUCUCGUCGAAUCCUUACUGAGCCAAUUCGCAGUUCUAUGUACGGGGAAAUCGGUUUUCUUUGUUGUCGUAAAAAAAAAAAUAAUGCGCCGCCCGCUGCUCGGAUGGAGGAAAAUUCGUUUUUGUUAAAUUGAACAGGGAUAUCGGGCGACGCGUCUUCAAAGUAUUGCGCGCUAGGAAUGGAAAGACAAUAUCUUACUGCCUCUGUAUUUUAACCGAGCGAUUUCAAUAGCAAAUUAACACUCGCGAUCGAAGCUCUGAGGGAUAUAGAAAAGAACAAAAAAAAAAGGAAAAACGUUCCAAAAGUCGCACGGUUUCAUUACUUAUUUAUUGUACGUUACUCGAUGCAUUUCAAUGCCGCCGAUUUAUGCGAAUUUGUACUCCGUACGGACGCGUGCAAAUUCCGUCUCUACAAGCGACAUGCUGAUUAUUGGCAAUGCACACAAGGAUCAUCGACUAUUAUUAUUAUUAUUAUUAUUAACUAUUAUUAUUAUUACUACAGACGAAAAAAGACGAGUGAAGUCGUUGUCUGGUAGUUUUAAGUUUCGACAACGAACAUGGACUAACCGUGGAUCAUCCUGUUGUAAAUGUUGAAUGUACUGUUCUAUAAAUGAGAAUUUUUAAUAAAAUCAUUUUUAUACAGAA